AUGGCAGCCCCCAUGAAAGUCGAAAUUCAAGAAAUUUCUCAAUCAAAGGGCAGAGGAUUCAUUGCUAUACAUCCAAUAUGUGAAGGUGAGAUCCUGUUUGAAGAGGAACCUAUUGUAUGCUGCCAGUUCCUUUGGAAUGCCUUCUACAAGUAUGCUGCAUGUGACCACUGUAUGAAAGCACUGGAGACAGCUGAGGAGAAUGCAAGACGCCUGUGCAAUAAUCACACACUUGUUUUGCCUCACCCAGAAUGCUGCAGUGUCAAUAAGCAGCUGUAUUCAGUUUGUCCACAUUGUCAGGUGCAGUAUUGUAGUGAGGUUUGUAGAGAUACAGCUUGGGGGAUGUACCAUGAAUCACUUUGUACAAGACAGUCAAGUAAAGACCCAGACCACCCUCUUGAAAAGCUGCAGGAAAUAUGGAGAAAUCUGCACUUUCCACCUGAGACUGCUAAUAUAAUGUUAGUAGCUAGAUUGAUAGCCACUGUGAAACAGGCAAAAAAUAAAGAUUUAAUACUACAAAAACUAUCAAAAUUUUGCCGGACAACCAAAAAUGAGGAGAAAGAGAUAGCACACAAGCUGUUAGGUGCAGAGUUCCAGGCACAACUGGACGUGUUGCGUACACAUACCACCGAGGCACUGCAUGAGGAGACUGUAGAAACGUGGUUCACUCCUGAAGGAUUCAACUCUCUGUUUGCUCUCAUAGGGACCAAUGGCCAGGGUGUAGGCACAAGUUCAUUGAGUACAUGGGUAAAUAACUGUGAUGACCUUGACCUGCCUUCUACAGAUAGAGAAACUCUUGAUGCAUUUAUUGAUAAACUCUAUGAAGAUAUUGAAAAAGAAUCGGGUAAUUUCACAAACUGUGAAGGAUCUGCUCUAUAUGCACUGCAGAGUACAGCCAACCAUAGUUGUGAACCCAAUGCAGAAGUAGUAUUUCCCCACGACAAUUUUAUUGUUGGAUUGAAAGCUACAUGUGAUAUACAACCUGGGGAGGAGGUGUGUAUUUGUUACCUUGAUUGCUGCCAGCGAGGCAGAAGUCGCCAUUCAAGACAGAAAAUAUUAAGGGAGAACUAUUUAUUUCGAUGUGACUGCAGUAAAUGCCUCCUUGAAGCUGGUGAUCCUGAAGAAACAUCUAGUGAAGAAUCUGAGGAUGACAUGGAAGAAAGCUGAUGAUCCUGAAAAAUAUCUACAAAUUACAUCUACUGAUGAUCCUGAAAAUAUGUCUAUCGUAUUUGACACUUCCAGUGAUAA